GACAUUAACCAGAGGAGCCAGCCAGAUAGCCAACUCUUAGCUCCAGAAAGCAGCUGUCUGCACAGAAAACAACACGUGGAAAUGUUUCGAAGGAAAUUAACAGCUCUGGAUUAUCACAACCCCAGCAGCUUUGACUGCACAGAUGACACCCAGUACAGGAACUGUGUGGUGUGGCUGGAGGACCAGAAGAUCCGACAUUAUAAGAUUGAGGACAGAGGGAACUUGAGGAACAUCCCCAGCUCUGAGUGGCCCAAAGCCUACCAGAAGUACCUGCAGGAUCUGAACUGUCCAUUUGGGGCUCAGGAGAAGCAGGAGUCUGUGGACUGGUUACUUGGCCUGGCUGUAAGAUAUGAAUAUGGAGACAAUGUGGAUAAGUAUAAGAACUGCGAGCCGAUGGCAGCCUCAGGAAACAGCGACAAAGCGGUGGAUCCUCUCCUCAACCUUGACAGUAAUUCUCCAGAUUUCAAAGCAGGAGUGCAGGCUCUGGCCAACAUCCUAAAGAUCCAACGACAUGACGACUACCUGGUCAUGCUCAAGGCUAUUCGUAUUCUGAUCCAGGAGAGACUUUCUCCAGAAGCCAUCGCUAAAGCCGGCCAGACUAGAGAGGGUAUUCCAGUAGCUUUAGACAAACACAUCUUGGGCUUCGACACUGGAGAUGCCACCUUGAACGAAGCGGCCCAGAUCCUGCGCCUGCUGCACAUCGAGGAGCUGAGGGAGCUCCAGACCAGGAUCAACGAGGCCAUCGUGGCCGUCCAGGCCAUCAUAGCCAACCCCAAGACGGACCACAGGCUGGGCAAGGUGGGCAGAUGAGAGCGAGGACGACGAGGGACGCUGGAUGAAGCAAGGGACUGAACCGCGGGGGUUUUAAUUUGAUUUUGAGAGGGGAAAGUCUGUCUUUGUUGGACAAACAUGAGUUUGUAUUUGUUCUGCAUGAGAUCAGACUGAUGAUUUUUUGGGGCGUUUUGGAGCUAGUGCUAGUUUUUGAUUAAUUAAUAUUGAAGUACUCAUUUAGGCUUAUAUGUUAAGUCACUUAUCUCUACAGACUGAGUGAGGUCUUACCUUCUAAUCAUCUCCUCGCUGCCUCUAUCUCUUCCUCAACAGAAACCACAGAGAAGCUUCUGAAAUAUUCAAACUGACAGUUAUAUUUGUAUCUUGUUUACAAUGAAAACAGAAAAGUAUCUUAUUUUGAAAAGGGUUUACAUUUGACGCUGUGUGGGUGAAUCUAUAAAUACAGCUGAACAGAGGUUUGUCUCCUGUGCUUCUUCCGUGGCGGCGACGUUCCCCUGUGAAGCAUCAGAACAAGACAAGCUACGAAAACAAACUUCAAGUACCAAAUCACAUUUUAUUGUUAUAAAUAUCACAUCUUAUAAAAAGAUAAAGAUUUGAAAUGUAGUAGUAGUAGUAAAAAAUAUUUGGCAAAAAGAAUGUCCUUUCAUCAUGUGUGAGAUACAGAUUGGUAGUGCAGAGCGAUAUGGCACCAUCUGACCAGGAAUCAGAUUAAACUAGUUCAGUCACUCAACUACGCCAAUGGUUUCCCACCCAGAACAUUUUAGGGAAUUUGAAAAAACACUUGGAAAUUCACUUAUUUGCCAGGAGUUAAAGGAGAAGGUUGCUAUCACUAAGAAAGCGAAUUACAAAUUUCCUCCCAAACAUUUUUUAGAGUGAAUGUAAAAGCAGCUGUGGCCAGCUGUGGCCAGCUGUUUCUCAACACAGCUUUGGCUCGUACAGUUUAACAGCUCAGGCCAUUCUUCUUUGGCUUAAAAGAACAAAAAAACCUACACUCAUACAUUUUUAAAAAAUU